GUGUGAAGCUUCUUGUUCUUGUACUUUUCCUGUGCUGUGCAGCUUUCAAGCCGUUCAGAAUGAUUUUGCCAAUGGUAAAUACACUGACCAUUCGACGUGGAAAUGCUCGAUUGGGCCUGCUGUUUGCUCCAGCUCCACACUCUCUUGGUUAUAUUUAGUGUUGGAACAGGCCACCCUUCUACUACAACUAUCAUCAGCACCAAAAGGGAUAUCUGGGGAAACUGUACCUAGCAGCGCAACCACAUUUUCUUCUCCCUGCUGUUUUGCUCAGUGAUGGGGAAGACCACCAUGUAGAGACAGAGGCAGCGGAGGCAUCAGCAGAAAAGCAGCAAUGGGAAGCCACACAUGGAGCGGGUCUGGACUGCAGCCGUGGUGAGCCUGAGACCUACAGGACUUGACACCACCAUCAUUGCCCUUCUCAGGACCUGACCACUGGGGCUGUCCAACGCUCACCUGGAUGCUCCCCACUUGUGUCUCAUCAUCCCCUCCUCUCCUUUUUCGCUGCUGCUCUUUCUCCUCUUCUUCUGUUUCUCCUCUAUGAUGGUUUUGGUCUGCUGAUAUCUGAUAGUCUGUCUUGUAACAGCAAAGCUGCUCCUCGACUUAACCCCCGGAUUUUUCCACUUUUUAAUCGUUCUGUCUGCCAACUUAACCUACAAGUUGUAUUCUUUUCCCUUUUUGGUGGUUGUUGCCUGCUUGAAACCAAUUUUGGAUUUUUUUGGAUGACUCUGAGCUCAUCCCUCUCCUGUGCAAGCUUUUUGAUUGAUCUAUAAGCAAUAAGAAACACUUAUCUAACUGACUUGACAAGCUGACAUCAUGGGGGACAUGUCCAACAGUGAUUUUUAUGCCAAGAACCAAAGAAACGAGGGCAACCAUGCAGCAGGCUUCGGCUGCUCGCUCAUGGAGCUGCGCUCCCUCAUGGAGCUGCGUGGCACAGAGGCGGUGGUCAAGCUCCAGGAGGACUAUGGGGGCACAGAGGGACUGUGCAAACGACUGAAAACCUCACCAACAGAAGGUCUCGCAGGUGCCAUAGCUGACCUGGAUAAGAGAAAAGAAUUAUACGGUAGAAACCUGAUACCUCCAAAGAAGCCAAAAACCUUCCUGCAGCUGGUAUGGGAAGCCCUGCAGGACGUUACCCUCAUCAUCCUGGAGAUCGCUGCCCUGAUCUCUCUCGGCCUCUCCUUUUACCACCCUCCCGGAGAGAGCAGCGGAGAGAGUUGUGGUGCAGCAGCAGGUGGAGUAGAAGAUGAGGGUGAGGCCGAUGCCGGCUGGAUCGAGGGUGCAGCUAUCCUGUUGUCUGUGGUGUGUGUGGUGCUGGUGACAGCCUUUAAUGACUGGUCGAAGGAGAAGCAGUUUCGUGGGCUACAGAGCCGCAUCGAGCAGGAACAGAAAUUUCAGGUGGUCCGAGGUAGCCAGGUCAUACAGCUGCCUGUGGCUGACAUAGUGGUGGGGGACAUCGCACAGGUCAAAUAUGGUGAUCUGCUUCCUGCUGAUGGAGUGUUGAUCCAGGGAAAUGAUCUGAAGAUUGAUGAAUCCUCCUUGACCGGAGAGUCUGACCAUGUCAGAAAGGCUGCAGACAAGGACCCCAUGCUGUUGUCAGGGACCCAUGUUAUGGAGGGGUCAGGGCGCAUGGUGGUUACUGCCGUUGGUGUCAACUCUCAGACAGGAAUCAUCUUCACUCUGCUGGGGGCCGGCUCAGAGGAGGAAGAGAAGAAAGAAAAGAAAGGAGGGGCAGUGGAAGACGGACACCAGAACACAGACUGCUCCCAUCCCCCUAUCCACCCCAUCGCAACUAUAGCCACGGAUGGGGCUGCAGGCAUUAAUGCCCCUGGCAGUGCCAGCCUAAUUAAUGGUAAAAUGCAAGAUGGCAAUAUGGAGAACAACCAGAUUAAAGUAAAGAAGCAGGAUGGAGCAGCUGCCAUGGAGAUGCAGCCUCUAAAAAGUGCUGAAGGGGGAGAGGCCGAUGAGAAAGAGAGGAAGAAAGUGUCCGUCCCCAAGAAAGAGAAGUCUGUGCUGCAGGGAAAGCUGACCAAACUGGCAGUCCAGAUUGGAAAAGCAGGUUUGCUCAUGUCGGCCAUCACAGUUAUCAUCCUUGUCCUAUUCUUUGCCAUCGACAACUUUGUGAUGCAGAAACGCCCUUGGCUGCCAGAGUGCACUCCUAUUUACAUUCAGUACUUUGUAAAGUUCUUCAUCAUCGGUGUGACUGUGUUGGUGGUGGCUGUGCCGGAGGGGCUGCCGCUGGCGGUCACCAUCUCUCUGGCCUACUCUGUCAAGAAAAUGAUGAAAGACAACAACCUGGUGCGGCACUUGGAUGCGUGUGAAACCAUGGGCAAUGCUACAGCCAUCUGCUCCGACAAGACAGGCACGCUAACCACCAACCGCAUGACGGCUGUGCAGUGCUAUGUUGGAGAUGUACAUUACAAAGAAAUCCCAGACCCUGGAGCUCUACCACCCAAAUCACUAGAAUUACUGGUCAAUGCCAUCUCCAUCAACAGCGCCUAUACAACAAAGAUACUGCCCCCAGAUAAGGAAGGCGGCCUGCCGAAGCAGGUGGGCAACAAGACAGAGUGCGGCCUGCUGGGAUUGGUCCUGGACCUGAAGCGGGACUACCAGCCAAUAAGAAACCAGAUCCCAGAGGAGAAGCUUUACAAAGUCUACACCUUCAACUCUGUCAGGAAGUCCAUGAGCACUGUCGUCAAAUUACCCGAUGGGAGCUUCCGCAUGUACAGCAAGGGAGCCUCUGAGAUUGUCCUCAAAAAAUGCAGCCAUAUUUUGAAUGAAGUGGGAGAGCCAAGAGUUUUUCGUCCACGGGACAAAGACGAAAUGGUGAAGAAGGUGAUCGAGCCCAUGGCGUGUGAUGGCCUGAGGACCAUCUGUGUGGGGUUUCGUGACUUCCCUGGUGAUCCUGAACCCAACUGGGAUGAUGAGAACAACAUCCUCAGUGACCUGACAGCCAUCUGUGUGGUUGGGAUAGAGGAUCCUGUCAGGCCAGAGGUGCCAGAUGCCAUUAAGAAGUGCCAGCGUGCAGGUAUCACCGUGCGCAUGGUGACAGGAGACAACAUAAACACAGCCAGGGCCAUAGCCAUCAAGUGUGGUAUCAUCCAUCCAGGAGAGGACUUCCUGUGCAUCGAUGGGAAAGAGUUCAACAGGAGGAUCCGCAAUGAGAAGGGAGAGGUGGAACAGGAGCGAAUUGACAAAGUUUGGCCUAAACUCCGAGUUCUGGCCAGAUCUUCCCCAACUGACAAACACACACUUGUCAAAGGCAUUAUUGACAGUACUAUGGUAGACCAGAGGCAGGUGGUGGCUGUGACAGGUGAUGGAACCAACGAUGGACCUGCUCUAAAGAAAGCUGAUGUCGGCUUUGCCAUGGGAAUCGCUGGUACAGAUGUGGCCAAGGAAGCAUCCGAUAUCAUUUUGACUGAUGAUAACUUCAGCAGCAUCGUAAAGGCAGUAAUGUGGGGCAGGAACGUCUACGACAGCAUCUCAAAGUUUCUUCAGUUCCAGCUGACUGUCAACGUAGUGGCUGUCAUCGUGGCUUUUACCGGCGCUUGCAUAACACAGGACUCUCCCCUGAAGGCGGUGCAGAUGUUGUGGGUGAACCUGAUCAUGGAUACUUUUGCAUCUCUGGCUCUGGCGACAGAGCCUCCCACAGAGUCUCUGCUGAAGAGAAAGCCGUAUGGUCGCAAUAAGCCUCUUAUCUCCAGCACCAUGACCAAGAACAUCCUCGGACACGGAGUCUAUCAGCUCGUCAUCAUCUUCACGCUUCUCUUUGCUGGUGAGCAGAUCUUUGACAUCGACAGCGGCCGCAAUGCUCCUCUGCACUCUCCUCCAUCUGAGCACUACACUAUCAUCUUCAACACUUUCGUCAUGAUGCAGCUCUUCAACGAGAUUAAUGCCAGAAAAAUUCAUGGCGAGAGGAAUGUCUUUGAUGGUAUCUUCAGGAACCCCAUCUUCUGCUCCAUUGUUUUUGGCACCUUCGCUGUGCAGAUUGUUAUUGUGCAGUUUGGAGGGAAGCCAUUCAGCUGUCAGCCUCUGGACCUGGAGAAGUGGAUGUGGUGUGUUUUCCUCGGGCUUGGAGAGCUUGUCUGGGGACAGGUGAUAGCUUCCAUACCUAAUGCCAGGUUGCGCUUCCUGCGGAGGGCAGGCCAAUUGACUCAGAAAGAUGAGUUACCAGAGGAGGAUGUGAAUGAAGAAAACGAGGAGAUUGACCAUGCAGAAAGGGAGCUGAGGAGAGGACAGAUCCUCUGGUUCAGAGGACUUAACCGCAUCCAGACUCAGAUCCGCGUUGUGAAUGCAUUCCGUAGCUCCCUCUAUGAAGGCCUGGAAAAACCAGACUCCAGAUCAUCCAUCCACAACUUCAUGACACACCCCGAGUUUAGGAUAGAAGACUCGACGCCUAACAUCCCCCUUAUCGACGACACAGACGACGAUUCAGCUCGGAGGAGGAGGAAGUACUCGAGCCAGCCCUCUUCCCCUAACAAGAACAACAACGCCAUCGACAGUGGCAUCAAUCUGACCAUUGACACCAGUAAAUCAGCUGCUUCCUCCAGUCCUGCCAGCCCUCUUCACAGCCUGGAGACCAGCCUCUAACCCUGAUCUUCACCUCGCCUCUAACCUCUAAUGUCAUUUCCUCUCAGUCGGAGUGGAACCUUCUUCAAUUCCUCCAGAUAUUUAACUGCAACCUUUCACCUUGUCACACGCAGAGUUUCACCGAGUCCUGCUCGUUUCUCAUCCUCCAGCAACCCUCCCCCCAACCUCCAUUCACACAGGACAGGUCCUGUGUUAAUAUCUUCAUCUGCCUCCCUUAACCUUUAGCUCUUAAAGCUCUCUGCUCCUCUCAAAACAGAAAAUCUGUAAUAAAGUAAUACAGCAAGGUGAAAAAAACUUAACAUACAAUCAAAAAAGCGCAAACAAAGCCACAAAAUCUACACAGCCAUCCUGCUUUUGUGGUUGUAUGUGUACAGUGGCGGCGGCGGCGGUGUAUAUGACCAUGUGCGUGAUAGCAUGUACUGAAUAAGCGUACCGCUGACUGCACACAUGUAUGAACUGUGUCAUUAUUGGCACAAGAGGAGGACAAUGAGGAGGGAGACACUGCUGAGGAGUAAAUCACAAAACAGGACAGACUCUUAACUCCCCAUACGCUCCCUCUCCUCAACAAUAACAUUGUCGAUACUGAUAAUAGUUUAAAUUAAAUUGAAAAACAUUGUUAUUAUUCUGAUUCUCAUUCUGAUUAUUGUUGUUAUUAUUAUUGUUGCUCCUGCAUGAAUGUACAUUACCCAAGUUUUAUUUAAAAGGGUUUUAAUUUUAUUGGAGUUCUUCUGUUGUGAUGGGCUAGGCUUUGCGGCAGACUAUUUUAAAGACAGCUUCUCUGAGUUCCUGGCCUGCAAAGUUCCCUCUUCUGUGUGGCAUGAACAUUUACCUGACUGUAAAAAUUUAUUUCAUCCAUAAACAGAGAUGUGUAACGAGGUGGUAGGGCUCAACUUGCACAGUAGUUUUGCACCUGUCAGAAAAGAGGAACGCAAAAUAAUAUUGAUGAUGAUAGCAUUUAUGGGAUAUAUUCUAUAAAUAUAAAUACAUAUAAAUAUAUUUAGAGAGAGUUUAUCUUUGUUUGUUGGCAUGUUGCCUUGUUCCUGCUUCAAUGGCUCAAAAUACUUUGACUUAUUUAUGUCUUAAAGAGAAUGUAAUUUGUUUACAACCUCGUAGAGAUAAACUUCCUGGUCUGUAGAAGGAUAGAGAGGCGGAGCUGGAGCUCAGAAGGACCAGAGCUGUGAUGGUGUGUUAUUACUGAAAAACCAUGUGCUGGAAUUUGCCUGCUAUCUUUUCAAUAUUGUAGAUAUUUUUAGAGGAUUGACAGACAAAAAGAAACCAAAAUAUUAUGGGAAACGUAGUAAAUGUGGAAUCUUAGUAUUACACCAUAUGAUUGUUGGGAUCAAGGUGGAGUGGCUUGCCUUUUCUAAACAGGGGCCUCCUUUAUGUGACAGAGGGGGAAUAUUUAAUUAUUUUUCACUUUAUUUUUUAUUAUUUUAACGUGUUUUUGUUUUAUCUGUGCUUUAGUACUGGCCUGGGGUCAGAGCUUGAGUCAAAGGCUGAGAUCAGGACCUUUACAGUGAACUGUCUUCUAGAUAAACCUGCUUGUUCAAAGGACUUAAGGUUUUAAAAAUAUGUGUGACCAUCAAAAAGGCUGCAAUCGAGUCAUAUAAGAAAUCUGCAAAGUUAUAUUUAGCUAAUCUGUGCCGCACGGAAAUCAAACUUAUGUUUUUGGUAAUUUGAAAGAUAUUGUAUUGGUUGUUUUUUUUUUUUUUUUUACAGUUGAUUUAUUUUUUUGGUUUAAAGAGAUGUCUUUUUCCUCUAGCAGAGGGACACGCAGCCCCACAAAGCUGUUGGCAUUUUUAACAUCUAAAAAAAAGGAAAAACUGACAAAAAAAAAGUACAAAUUACAACAAAAAUGGAAUGUUGCUUUGACUCUUUUCUAUAUAUAUAAAAAAGAAGAUCCUUUUCUGCACUAUCUGGUAAUGAAUGAAAACUUCUGUGGUGUAAUUCUAGAUGUGCUUUUGUGUGUUUUAACCAAGCUUGUCUUCCUGCCGUCACAGAAUAUACAGUAAUCUAGCAUCUCAACUGUACUCACUAGUUGUAAACUAUUUAUUGUGCUUUGACCAAUCAGACAUGACCAGAGAGAAGUGACAUCCAGAAGGCACAUUUACCCUUAUUGCACUCAGAAGGACAAGGCCACUUAAACUAGCCUGUGCUAUUGUUAUUUCUAUUACUAACCCAAGUCAUUGGCAAGCAUGACGUGAUAGGCUCAUUAUGCAACUUGAAAAAAUUGACGGUUUUUCUACUUAAAAGUAACCCUAUACAACACUACUACAGUAUAUACAAUAAUUUAUUCAAGCAUCGGUUUUCUUUUUUAUAUCCUCCUCCUCCUCCUCCUCUGUCAUUUCCCAGUUGAUCCGUCCAUCUGUAGAGGGUGCACAAGCUUUACCAGUCAGCUCAGGCAUGUUGAAAAAAGACCAUUUGAAUAAAAUAUGUUGUAUUUAAGUUGAACAACAAGAAGUCUGGAUUCUGAUAUUCUGCUUAGAGGCUGUUGAUUUACUUUGUGUUUUCCAACAUUUCAACUUGAGAGAUUCUUUGUUUAUUCGUCUGUACAAAAUAAAAACAAUAAAAACACAACAUCAUUUCCAGUAAAUAAAAAAAGACUUAAGCCAACCACUUUUACAUCCAGGAGGACAUUCAGCUUUAAGAGGAUGCAAAGACAACUAUUGAAAAAAUAAUCUUUGUAAAUACAGCAAUGAGUCCACUGAGGACGGUAACUCCAUGCAGACUGAUGUGAAAACAGGAACUUUUCCUGACUACAUCUCCCAUCAUGCACCACGAGUCAUACUGCCAACACAGCUGUUUGGCUGUAUGUAAUCAAUCACUGCUCCUGUCAGAAACACUGAAAACAUCGUGUGAUUACAUCCAUUGAUAACACAUGUUGUAACAACCAAUAAUUAUGUUGAAGAUGACACCGACAAUGACGAUGAUGCUGAUGAUGAUGAUGAUGCUGAUGAUAAUGAUAAUGAUGAUAUCAAUGAUACUUCUUGCAAUAUAUUCUCACCUGCCUCGAUGUACUGUAUUUAGCAGCAUGCAGUUUGUGGAACAAAGAAAAAGAGAAAUGCCAACAGAUAACUUUUUGGCAUACUUAGCCAUUUAUGGGUAAGUGAUUUAAGUGUUCAUCUUGUUUUUAUGAUAUUUUUUUUAUCUAUACAAUAAUUGUAAAUAAAGAACUCAAUGUCUUUGUUCAUUUAAUACUA